UAGCGCGGGCAGCUCUGGAGCACAGACAGACAAGCAAACACACUGGGGUCGGCAGGGCUCCUAUCUGGCCACCAGCAGGAGGGCGUGAUGCUGGCUGUGUCACUCAAGUGGCGGCUGGGCGUGGUGAGGCGGCGUCCCAAAGAUGAUGGGCCCUACUCCAAAGGAACCAAGGACGCGGACGUGGCACUGGCCUGCCGCCGGCAGAGCGUGCCAGAGGAGUUCCGAGGGGUCACCGUGGUGGAGCUGCUCAAGAAGGAAGGCAGCACCCUGGGCCUGACCAUCUCGGGGGGCACCGACAAGGAUGGCAAGCCCCGGGUCUCCAACCUGAGACCUGGGGGGCUGGCAGCCAGGAGUGAUCUGCUCAACGUGGGUGACUACAUCCGGUCGGUGAAUGGGAUCCGCCUGACCAGGCUGCGGCACGACGAGAUCAUCGCCCUGCUCAAGAACGUGGGGGAGCGCGUGGUGCUGGAGGUGGAGUAUGAGCUGCCCGCGCCCGCCCCCGAGAACAACCCGAAGAUCAUCUCAAAGACUGUGGACGUCUCCCUGUACAAGGAGGGCAGCAGCUUCGGCUUCGUCCUCAGAGGUGGUGCGCAUGAAGAGGUGCAUAAGUCCCGCCCACUUGUCCUCACCUACGUGCGGCCUGGUGGCCCUGCUGACAGGGAGGGCUCCUUGAAGGCAGGAGACAGACUGCUCAGCGUCGACGGCAUCCCACUGCAUGGGGCCAGCCACGCCACGGCACUGGCCACCCUGCGGCAGUGCAGCCACGAGGCACUCUUCCAGGUGGAGUACGACGUGGCCGCCCCAGACACCGUGGCCACCGCGUCAGGACCUCUGAUGGUGGAAAUAGCCAAGACGCCAGGGUCUGCCCUGGGAAUCUCGCUCACCACUGGCUCGCACCGGAACAAGCCGGUCAUCACCAUUGACCGCAUCAAGCCGGCCAGCGUGGUGGACAGGAGUGGGGCCCUGCAUGCCGGAGACCACAUCCUGUCCAUCGAUGGCACCAGCACGGAGCAUUGCUCCCUGCUCGAGGCCACCCAGCUCCUCGCCAACGUGUCGGAGAAGGUGCGCCUGGAGGUGCUGCCUGUGCCGCAGAGCCGGCGGCCCCUGAAUCCCGCCGAGGCAGUGAAAGUGCAGAGGAGUGAACAGCUGCACCGCUGGGACCCCUGCGUGCCCUCCUGCCACAGCCCCCGGCCCGGCCACUGCAGGCCGCCCACCUGGGCCAGCCCUGCCGGCCAGGACCAGAGCCGAUCCUUGUCCUCGACUCCUUUUUCCUCACCGACCGUGAACCAUGCCUUCUCCUGCGCCAACCCCAGCACCCUCCCCCGGGGAUCCCAGCCCAUGAGCCCCAGGACCACGAUGGGGCGGAGGCGGCAGCGGAGACGUGAACACAAGAGCUCACUGUCCUUGGCCUCCAGCACCGUGGGGCCGGGCGGGCAGAUCGUGCACGCGGACACCACGGAGGUCGUGCUCUGCGGGGACCCCCUCAGCGGCUUCGGCCUCCAGCUCCAGGGUGGCGUCUUUGCCACUGAGACCCUGUCCUCCCCGCCCCUCGUGCGCUUCAUCGAGCCCGACAGCCCGGCCGAGAGGUGUGGGCUGCUGCAGGUGGGGGACCGUGUGCUGUCCAUCAAUGGCGUAGCCACGGAGGACGGGACGAUGGAGGAAGCCAACCAGCUGCUGCGGGACGCUGCGCUGGCCCACAAAGUUGUGCUGGAGGUCGAGUUUGACGUUGCGGAGUCCGUCAUCCCGAGCAGUGGCACCUUCCACGUGAAGCUGCCCAAGAGGCGCGGCGUGGAGCUGGGCAUCACCAUCAGCUCGGCCAGCAGGAGUCGCGGGGAGCCCCUGAUCAUCUCGGACAUCAAGAAGGGCAGUGUGGCACACAGGAUUGGCACCCUUGAGCCAGGCGACAGGCUGCUGGCCAUCGACAACAUCCGCCUGGACAACUGCCCCAUGGAGGACGCCGUGCAGAUCCUGCGGCAGUGCGAGGACCUCGUGAAGCUCAAGAUCCGGAAGGAUGAGGACAACUCGGACGAGCAGGAGGCCACGGGCGCCGUGAGCUACACCGUGGAGCUGAAACGCUAUGGGGGCCCCCUGGGCAUCACCAUCUCGGGCACCGAGGAACCUUUCGAUCCCAUUGUCAUCUCGGGCCUCACCAAGCGUGGUCUGGCUGAGAGGACCGGUGCCAUCCACGUAGGGGACCGCAUCCUGGCCAUCAACAGUGUCAGCCUCAAGGGCCGGCCACUGAGCGAGGCCAUCCACCUCCUGCAGAUGGCCGGAGAGACAGUCACGUUGAAGAUCAAGAAGCAGCUGGACCGCCCCUUCGUACCCCACAAGUCAGGCAGCCUCAGUGAGGCCAGCGACGUGGAUGAGGACCCGCCGGAGGCGCUCAAAGGAGGUGUGCUGGCAGCCCGGUUCUCGCCCGCCGUGCCCAGUGUGGACAGUGCCGUGGAGUCCUGGGACAGCUCAGCCACGGAGGGUGGCUUCGGGGGCACAGGGUCCUACGCUGCGCAGGUCACGGCCCGGGGUGUGAGCCCCCAGGAGUGGCGGCCCGGCCGGCUGAGGGGCAGCCCCCCACCCACCGAGCCCCGGCGGACAAGCUAUACCCCGGCCCCUGCUGACGAGAGCUUUCAGGAGGAGGAGGAGGAGGAGGAGGACUGGGAGCCACCAUCUAGCCCAGCCCCCGGCCCUGCCCGCGAGGAGGGCUUCUGGCGUGCGUUUGGGGAAGCCCUGGAGGACCUGGAGUCCUGUGGUCAGUCGGAGCUGCUGAGGGAGCUGGAGGCCUCUAUCAUGACGGGCACUGUGCAGAACAUGGCCCUGGAGGGCAGGCCCGGUCACCGGCCCUGGCGCAGGGGCCGGGAGGUCCGCGCUUCCUCUGAGGAGACACAGGAGCUGCUGCUGCCGACACGUUUAGAGCUGCACAAGGUGACGCUGCACAAGGACCCCGUGCGGGAUGACUUUGGCUUCAGCGUCUCAGACGGCCUUGUGGAGAAGGGCGUCUACGUCCACACCGUGCGCCCCGACGGGCCAGCCCAACGUGGGGGCCUCCGGCCGUUCGACAGGGUCCUUCAGGUCAACCAUGUUCGCACGCGGGACUUCGACUGCUGCCUGGCGGUGCCGCUGCUGGCCCAAGCCGGGGAGGUCCUGGAGCUGGUCGUCAGCCGUAACCCCGUGGCGCGGAGCGGCCGGGCCUCACGGGCUCCAGGUCCUGGCAGCCCCCAGAUGCUGUGAAGUCAACCUGGAGUCUGGACACUCAAGGGGCUGCCUUGGGAGAUCCUGGAGAAGAGGCUGCCCACUUACCGUCUGUUGGCCUGGCAGACUGCGAGCUGGACUGGGCCCUGGUCUUUGUUCCCUGGUUCUGCGGUGACCCGGGUACCACACAGCCAGAGUGGUGUCUGGCUCCUCCCCAAGUGGGAUCUCCACGACGCCCAGCAGGGGCUGCCCCAGGUUCCUGCAGGGCCUCCUUGGGAGGGCAGCGAAGGAGGGAAAGCCUGGGGGAGCCUUGGGACCCCCACUGAGUGGCCGGGAGCGAGUUCCCCGUCCCCCGGAGGCAAGCAAGCAGAGCUGGAUGCCCCAGCGCAGCCCUGGAUCUCGACGAGGCGUCCACAGCACUCAGGUCGUGAGUCUCCCUCACCCAGGCACCCCGCCACCAGGAAUGCCACUCAGGCUGGGAGCCAGCUUCUUGCCUCCUCCAGGUGCUGGGAUUUGCUGGGGUCCUCGCUCUCGAGGCCCUGAACUGGGGUCUCAUGAAGUGCUGGUCCCUUGACUUUGGAAGUCGGAGAACUUGUACUCCAGUGCCUGAGCUGGAGGCUUCUGGGACUUGGGACUCUGGAUUGGGGUCUGGCCUGGAGUCUCGGCCCCACCUGCGGCUUUGGUAGGACGUGUGGCCCAUCUGCCCCACACACCAUCUGCCCAGCUCCUCUGAGAGAGGGGACCGUUUGGGGACAGAAGACGUAGGAUGUUCUCUUCACCUGGCUUUCAGAUGGUGACUUGAAGACCCUGGAAACAGGAUGGCAGGUGUGGCAGCUCCCUGUCCAGGUGCACAUCCAUCCACAGAGGACACAAGUGGGGAGGCCGAGCAGAGGCAACGCCCGGUAGAGACCGUGUUCCCAGCAGUGCCGCGCAGACGCGUCUUACCCAUGCAGCGAGUACGGCAGCACCAGCUUCUGUUGAGUGCACCUGCUCGGCUCCACCAACAGAAGCCUCUGGGUGCACAGAAGCUGGGCCCUGCCUGGUGGUCUGGGUGUGGCCCCAGACACUCUAGUCCCGGGGGUUGGUGUGGCCCCUUCCCAGAUGGUGAAAGGGUCUCAGAAAACAAGCGCCCCCUCCCCCUUCACCCUUCUCCAACCCUGGGUCCCUGCUCUUCCAACUCUGGUCCUCUUGUUUGCAGUCUGACACCCUUUGGACGUCCAGGGUGUGGAGUCUCAGAGCAGAUCCAGUCCUCUGGGUCAGGACCAGGGCCCCCUGCUAAGGCCCCCUUGGUGCCCUGCCCACCCCGUGUCCCCCAGUACCCAUCUCCUCUCCCCUCCCCUCCCCACCACUCUGUCCAGGAGCCCUCCUGAGGAACCCUGCAAGGCCAUGGCUGGGAUGCCAGUAUCUCUACUGAUGUGGGUAAAUACCCACCCUGUGGGGAGAGGGCACUGCUCCCCCCGCCACGGGGGCACCAAGCAAAAGCCAAGAGCCCCUCAGCUCCACGGGAUGGGGCGGCACAGCCGAGAUGGGGCCUCCAGCAGCUGGUGCUGCAGCCCGGCCCCGGGGCUUCCACUGUGUGCGGCGCUGGACAGAGCACUCUCUCAGGGCCUCUCGGCUUAGGAAAGGUGGGCUGGACUCCAGCGGAGGCGGCACUGCCCCGGCCGAGGCUUCGGCCAUCCUCCCCGAGGUGAUGCACUCAGGCCCGGCUGCUGGAGCUGUGGGGCCUCUCAUAUGCAAUAGCUCUCCCGACUCUGGCCCUCCCACCCCCUUCCUGCUGCGCGUCCUGCCUGCCUAUGCAUUUUGGGUACAGCCCCUGCGACACGCCCCUCCCCAAAGCGGUAUUUUUGUCUGGCUGAGAUUAGAGCACAUCCUUGUAUUUUUCUACACGGGGUUUUCUUAGGACUCUUGGGAAGCACAGCGCGCCAAGGGGCUGCAUGGCAGAGGCCGGCUGCGGUCUGUUGGGGCCCCCUUGUACAUCUUUGUCCCAACACCGGGUGCGGUGACGUGGGGGGGUGUUACUGGGAUUCUUUUAUAAAUAAAAAUAUUUAAAUGCAUCUGAAGUUCGUUGUUGCGUUUCUUGAAAGCGAGGUUUGGCGAGAGCUCCUGUGUGGACCUUGCAACAUCUCACGUGCUUUUAACUCGUUUGUUCGAAGAGUGUUCCCUGCCUGCCAUCUAGCCCUGGGCACACAGUCCCAACAGGACACAAUGAGCUGCACUCUGCAUGUCUGGAUGAAAGGCAACCAACAAGGAAGGGACUCAGGGACGUAAUUUCCCAGCGAACCGUGCAGUGAUGGCAGCACAGCAGGGUACCGGGACAUCAUGGCGUGAAGGGCUUGGCUCAAGAGGUGACCUUUGUGGUGAGACCUAAAGGAUAGGAGCCGGCCCUGUGGGGACCUGGAGGACAAGGACUCAGGCAGAAGACCCAGCAAAUGCAAAGGCCCCGAGGGUAGGUCUGAGGAAGAGACAGGAAGCCUGGGGUAUUGGAGGCAAGAUUGAGGUGCGGGCAUGGCCGGGGGGUAGGGGCUUGGUCCUGUGUACCCUGGGAAGCCACAGAGGCAGAAGGGUCUUUAGAGGGUGCCCAGUGCAGGGUGAAUGGGGGAGUCUUGGGGCCCACAGUGCUGUAGAGGGCAGAGGAAUAGACCCUUACCCGCUGUGCAGGAAGGGAGUGAGCACCCGCUCUUGGGAGGGCAGUGAAAGGGCAAGAUGGGUGAGGCAGCACAAUUCUUAUGGUGUCUAUAGGCAGCAGGUGCUGCUCUGAGCACUGGGCAAAACUCCCCAGACCCACCAACAGCCUUCAGCAUGGUUUCCAUGACACCCAGCUGAUGAGCAGAGGCGGCACACACAGGUCAAGUAACUUACUUAGCAAGGGACAGAGCCAGGAUCUGAACACAGGCCAUGGGGUAGAGAAAGAGGGAGGGAGGUGGCCAGAGGCCAUCCGGAAGGAGGAGGCAGCCAGAAAGGGAGGUGGGCUUUGCCCAAGAAAUGUCAGUAGAAAGAGUACAACUCGACUGAGAAGACUUUGGUCUGGGACCUGCCGUGUAGUCCCAAGGGCCCAACAGGUACCACUGCCACCUGGUAAGAUGUGGCCUCUGUGGAGCUGACCGCACCUGCUGGGGGGCAGCAGGGCUGUCAGGAUAGCAAUGCCUCGACCUCGCCUCACCUGCUCUCCACACUUCCAGCAGGAGGACCCCAGGCUGGAGCCACGGUAGGUGAGCACCCGAGAGAUGACUUACCUGUAGCCAUCCCUGCAGGCUGGAUGGAUACAACAGCUUGUCCCAGGUGGGGAA